UAAGUGGUUUUCCAAACAACCUUCUUUUGCUGGAAAAUUGUCCUACGUUAUCGAGGCGCCCUGAAAUCAUCAUUCUCUUCGACAAAGAUGUCUUUCUCAAACACAAUGACUGGCGCUUGCUUUUGCGGAAACGUCACGUACGACGUAAUCAACGUGAACGCCGAGACGUUGGAUGGCAUUAUCUGUCACUGCAAGUCUUGUCAACGAUUGCAUACUAUGGUCUCUUACAACGUCGCUCUUGACAAGGAUCAACUCCGACUGACGAAGGGCGAGCCCAAGAUGUACGAGGAUUUCCAUGCUGAUUCUGGCAAGCGGAUCGUUCGAUUUUUCUGCGGUGAUUGCGGUUCAGCGCUAUACUCUUAUCCGGACUCGAUGCCCGACAAGGUGUUUGCUAAAGCUGGAUCUCUCGAUCAACUCGAACGAGUGAUUCCGAAAGUUGAAAUUUUCAUUGAGCGUGUCAUCAACGGCACCACUCGUGAAGCUAAGGCUCGCAAGACCACUUUAUUCGAGGGAAUGAUGGCGAAGCAGCUCAGCUAAGCGUCCGUUGAUUGUACGACCCGAACGCAGUCUAGUUUCCCUUUGUGAGAUAUCUAGCUUCCCUCUGUGAGACGUAACGAGAAGGUCGCACCAUGUUAUGGUUCAAUCCAGCGGCAUCGUGGUCCGGCCCAAGGCUUGAGUUCCUGACGACUGUUUCCUUU